AUGAACGGAAAUACGUUCUUCGAGUGGUUUUGCACGAUCGAGCCCUUAUUGAAAGAAAAUGUUGGGGUGAUUAUGGACAAUGCGCCAUACCACAGCCGAGAAUUAGAGAUGAGACCGUCAUCGACGUGGAGAAAACAGCAAUUAAAGGAGUGGCUUGUAUCAAAAGGCCAUCAUGUGCCUGAUACUUGUACCAGGAGCACAUUACUCCAAACGGCACGCUCAGUGCAAACAGAACAAAAAUACGUGGUCGAUGAAUAUGCCAGAGAGCAUAAUAAAAUAAUUAUACGCCUGCCGCCGUACCACUGCGAACUCAACCCCAUUGAGCUUGCGUGGGCAUCAGUGAAGAAUUACGUUAAAUCCAGGAAUGCUGAAUAUAAUAUGCCACAGGUAAAACAACCGUUAACGGAAAGAAUAGAAGGAGUAACAUCGGAGAUGUGGAAAAAUUGUAUACGUCACACCAUUGGCAUUGAGCAGAAGUACAUACAUGAAUAUGGAUCGCUUCUCCCAAGAUACUCUGGAAAUGCCUACUAUUGGCAGUGA